AUGAUCACGCACCAGGGCGAUGUCAAGGGAGAAGUUGACGCAGAUUUCACGAUCGAGUCAGUCACCGAGGAUGCUGCCCUCGACAAGUGGUUGGAGCUUGUGGCUCCGGUCAAUGCUACCAAGGUCACGGCCCGCAUGGCAGAUGCCGAAAUCUUGAUGUCGCCGUGGAGCCCUAUACCCAACGGUCUUGACAAGAGGCAGAGAGUAGAGGACGAGAACGGCGCCUUGCUGUGCCCCAACAACAAAUGCGUUGAUCACAGUUGCUGUGGCCCCGACAACAUAUGCGGUUAUGGCCCUGACUUCUGUGGCGACGGAUGCAAAGGCGACUGUGAUGCCACAGCCAUGUGCGGCAAGUUCUCGGACGGCGGCAACAUCAAGUGCGGUCUUGAUCUUUGCUGUAGCUGGGGCGGAUGGUGUGGAACCGCGGAUGUCCAUUGCAUCGGCCCCAAUGAACAUGCUCUCUGCCAGGAGGGCUAUGGAAAGUGCGAGAUCAUCCGGCCAGAGACCUGCGGCGAGAAUUCUGGCACUGCAGACGGCCGUAUGAUCGGCUACUACCAGUCUUGGAACACCCGUGAUCGUACAUGCAACCGCAUCUCGCCGAGCCAGAUCAAGACAGAGGGUUACACCCACUUGUUCUUCUCUUUCGCUUCCAUCGACCCGGACACGUACAAGGUGAAGGCGUGGGUCGAAGAGGACAAAGCCCUCAUGAGAGAGUUCACCCAGCUUAAGGGCAAGGGCCGCGACCUACAGCCAUGGAUUGCCGUCGGUGGCUGGGCAUUUAGCGACCCAGAUCAGCCAACGCACACCACGUGGAGCGAUCUAUGCUCCGACCAGGGCAGGCGGUCUGCCUUUAUUGCCUCGUUGAUUGACUUUAUGGACGAGUACGGCUUCACCGGUGCCGAUCUUGACUGGGAGUAUCCGGGGACUGCCAAGCGCGGUGGCAAGUUGGCUGACGAGGAUAACUUUGUCCAGUUGCUCAAGGAGAUGCGCGAAGCCUUUGGCACCAAGUAUGGCAUUUCACUGACCUUGGCGCCCGACUACUGGUAUCUUCGCUACUUUGACGUUGGCCGCCUUCAGAACUAUGCUGACCACCUGGGAUUCAUGGCCUAUGAUCUGCAUGGCUUCUGGGACUCAGAUGUAGAGGCGCUGGGCUCCAUAGUCCGUGGCCAAGCCAACAUCGAAGAGAUUGCCAACAACACUCUCCCGCUGGCUUAUGCGGGCGUCGACCCCAGCAAGAUCACUAUGGGUAUCGCCUGGUAUGGGCGAGGAUACACUUUGGCAGACCCUUCUUGCAACACCCUAGGGUGUCCAUUCCUAGGUCCAAGCAAGCCUGGGAAGUGCACCAACAGCGCUGGUGUACUGUCCCUGGUUGAGAUCAAGGAAAUGAUUGCCAGUGGAGAGGCCAAAUCCAACUCUUUGCCUGGCAUUGGCAUGAAGGAGCUGGUAUGGGACAACCAGUGGGUUGGCUAUGACGACGAGGAGACCGUCGAGAUGAAGCGCAAGUUCGCCAACGACCAGUGCUUUGGCGGACUGAUGGCAUGGAGCGUCGACUUCAACUCCGGCGACGGUAGCGGUACUGACGCGCCCAAGUCGGAGGACGGUCAUUGCGGACCAGACCAUGAUGGCACUACUUGCCCUGGAAGUGGUUUCGGCGACUGCUGCUCUACGAGUGGCUAUUGUGGUUCUUCUGAUGGGCACUGCGGUUCUGCCUGCGUCAGCGGCGACUGCAAAGAGGGCUCGGAGACUACUGACGGUCGAUGUGGUGCAGGUUUCAACAAUGCCAUAUGUGGAAGUUGGUCCCACGGCCCUUGCUGCUCUGCCGGCGGAUACUGCGGCGACUCGGAUGGCCACUGCGGCGAUGGCUGCCAAAGCGGCUGCAACGGCGAAGACCCCGACGACGGUAAUGAUGGUGAUGAUGACGAUGACGACGACGAGGGAAGCCCGCAGCCGUACGAGCCGGAUCCCGAUGAUGAUAAGCCUCUCGCGGCCUGCCCCUACACACCGACAACCAUGGAUGAGAUCUUCAACCUCGACUUUUACAAUGAGCUGCCCGCCCAUUGCGUACCCAAGUAUAUGGUGCCUGUCCUGCACAACAUGCUUGAGACUGUGACGAAGCGGUACAACGAGAUCCUGGAGGACGACUAUGACUAUUACUUUGGCGUGUACGCGGGUUAUAUCGUGGAGAACGCUAAUCAGGUGACGCGCAGUUUCUUGAAGGACAGCGGCGAUGACUAUUUCGACUGUGAAAUCUGGCAAGAGUAUCCCUGCUGCACCAACUGCGAGUACCUGGGCGAGAGCUGCGAUGGCUGCAUCGAGAAGUGUGUCAUCGAGGGUCCGAUGGAUGACGGUGUCGAGUGGCACCUGCGGGACCAGCCAUGCCCGCCCGAUUACUCCAAGCGCGGCAUGGGCGACGACUGGGAGCAAACCAUCUUCUGGGACUUCAAGGACGACGAGGCCAAAGAGAACUUCUAUGCCGCGGCCGCCGCCGAGGUAGGUGCGCCCGAAGACAAAUUCAAGAUUGCGGAGCGGUCCACGAUUACCAAUUUUUUCAUGAGCCCAAGCUGCGCUCGCGACUUUGCCUACAAUGGCUGGGACGACAUGAGCGACUUGUGCAAGCGAAAGGGGUACUGGCAUAACAUCCCGUACGUCGACGGGUUCGAGAAAGAUGACGUUGUGAAUCCCAAGGACGUUGUGAAAAAGUCCAUUGAGAAUGCAGACGUCCUCCGCGAACCCAUGGCGGAGGCUGGUUUCAAACUGAUGGUCGACGACUACGAGGGCGAUGGCCAUGAUCUGGUCGACGCGCUCAUCCUGCCCGUCUUCAUGCUGCAAGAGUCCGUCCAGUACAUGGAGGUGGUCGUCAAGACGGGCAAGGAAAUCAAGGAGGCCGAGAAGACCGCCUUGAUUAUCAACCUUCUGUCCGCUCUGAUGAUCGUGAUCAGCUUUGGUGGCUCAAGUCUCGUAUCAGCUGGAUUCAGCACCCUUGGGCGCACUCUCGUGUACCUCGCCGAGGCUGGCAACACGGCUAUUGGCCUCCACGCCGUCAUUUCGGUGCCCGAGUCGGCCCCUCUCUUGAUCUUCGGACUUGUGAUGAGCGCCGUUGGCAUCAGGGACGCGAGCAAGGUCGCGCAAGCAGCCAAGCUGAGGCGUGGUAUGAAGUUUGAGGAGAUUAGCGCUUUCAGCAAGGAAGCUGCGCGCAUGAUGGACUCUGUGGCCGCCUUUAACAAGAAGCCCGCUGUUCCUCAGAUGUGUCGCUAUGCGUAG